ACUCUAAUUUACAUCUUUCUAGCUAACUCGGGUGGGUUUCUCUCUCUCUCUCUCUAACCCUUCGUUUGAUUUUGAAGUUUUACCCAUCUUGAACAAUCCUUCUUGGGCUCCAUUUCUAAUUACUAAUACCACUACUAGCUAGGUUGGUUACUCUCUCUCUCUCUAUCUCUCUUCCUGUAGAGUUAGUUCUUCAAAGCAUUUAAUGUUAUUAUUCUAUAUAAGAGUAUCACCAGCUGCAGAACACAAAGGAAUAUAUUAAUUUUUGUGGUGGUGUACAUGGGGUCUCUUCUGCUUCUUGGGGGUUACAUUUAUUACUAUUGUUUUGUUAGCACCACAAUGGAAUGUUGGUGAGGAAGCGAGAAAGUGAGAGAAAUUAAUUUAGCGCUCUCGCUCUUGCUACUAUCUACUACUGCUCAUCGAUGGAGAGGCUCCAAGGACCCAUCAACUCUUGUUUCUUAGAGGAGCCUAGCUUGGAUUUGGGGUGCUUAGACCAAGUAUUUAUCAACACAGAAAGCUUAAGAUUUGGAGAAGAAGAACCACACAUUUUAAGUCCAUGUUUUGAAGACAAAAUGCCUUAUCUUCAAAUGCUUCAAACAGUAGAAACGCCGCCAUUUUUCCCCUACAAAGAACCCAGCUUUCAGACACUACUAAAACUUCAACACCUACAAAAACCAUGGAAUACGAACACUUUUUACAUGCCUGAAACAGAUACCCAAGUUCAACCGCUAGAGCUUGAAAGUUGUGUCACCCAUGACAUAGUUGAUUUACACUCACCUGUCAAAUCUGAAACCAAAGAGCACCCUAACCCACAUUCAAAUUCCUGCCUCGAAGGUGUAAGUCCUGAGCCCACAGAACCCAAUUCAGACUCUUCAAUUCCAUGGAGGGCUCAACCCCAAACCGUGCCUAAUAUCACAACCCAUUUCUCCGAAUCCUCUACAAUAAUAAUCACCAGAGAAAGAAGAAAGAGAAAACGUACAAGGGCAACCAAGAACAAAGAAGAAGUAGAGAGCCAACGCAUGAACCACAUUGCUGUUGAACGCAACCGCCGUCGCCUAAUGAACGACCAUCUUAACUCUCUCCGCUCUCUCAUGACACCAUCUUAUAUUCAAAAGGGUGAUCAAGCAUCGAUCAUAGGAGGUGCAAUAGACUUUGUGAAGGAACUAGAGCAGCUUGUUCAAUCUCUUGAGGCACAUAAACAAAAGAGAGAGAUAGAAACAGCCUCCACUACGGGCAUUUCUUCCAACCAGUACUCGACUUCGCAGCCACAAUGUGACAUUCUGGUGGAGGGAGGCACUUGUGAAGAGGAAAGAACAGUGAAGAAGAAAUCGGAGGCGACGGAGAUAGAGGUGGCUGCAGUACAAAACCAUGUAAAUUUGAAGAUAAAGUGUCCAAGAAUUCCUGGGCAGUUGUUGAGAGCUAUUGUUGCAUUGGAGGACCUUGGGCUUACGGUUUUGCACCUUAACAUCACUUCUUCUCAAGCAACAGUUCUGUACUCUUUCAAUCUUAAGUUAGAGGAUGAUUGUAAGCUGGGAUCAACGGAUGAGGUAGCAGCAGCAGCUCAUCAAAUAAUAUUCAGCAGUAUCAACGGUUAGCUGAUGGGUCUAUAUAUGAUAGGACUUAGGAGUUCUGCUAGGCAAGAGAGCCAUCAAAUUUACAGCUGAAUUUAUAGGAUUACUGAUAUUACUGUACUUCCCUUUCUAUGGAAAACAAGAAAAUGUAAUUUUGGCUUUAUGGGGGUGGUAGACGAGGAGCAGACUAUGCAGAAGGGCGACACCAUUGUCUCCAUUCUGAGCUCUUACUUUUUAGUGAGAGGGAUGCCAGGGGCAGAUGAUGCUUUGCUUACUGCUUAACUUGCUAAAAGAGAUUGCCUUGCUUAUUUAUUAGCCUUUCUGAGUAUGACGGUGCUUUUAAAAAACAUUUUUU